GGUCGAAGGUCUAAGCAUAGGGUUUAGUUGUCAAAGAACGAACAUACUCUCAAUCUUUCCAUAUCAACAGCACUCAACAGGAUUGUAUUGAUUUGAAGUAAAAGAUGCAAUCUUUUUUGGGCAAGAUUCGAGGUUCUACUAGGCUUAUGCAUAGUAAUUCAAGAAAUGUUGAUUAUGUAACAACUAGGGCUUUUUCAGGAAUUUCUUCAAAAGGGGUUGAUUCUUUUAGCUCAAAUGCACUUCCUGGUUUCUUGAAUCGUUGUUCUGGUCGAUUUUCGACAAGCCCAAUUUCGAGGCUUUCGUGUUCCUUGCUGUCUGCCAUGAAGUCAACUACAAACAGUAGAUGCAUCACGACGGGCAGUUCUGCAUCUGUUUUAAAAGAUAAUCCUGCUCCUCUCCCUGAUGUAGUCCCACGCAUCAAGUUCAAGAGGCUUGAUAAAACAGCCAGAAAUAUUAUGCAGAUUCUUGACAAGGAAGCAGUGGAAGAAGUUAAAGCACAUAGAGAGAUACCUGAUAUCAAGCCUGGUUAUAUAAUCCAGCUCAAAGUGGAAACACCUGAGAACAAGAGACGUAUUUCAACCUUGAAAGGCAUUGUUAUUGCAAGGCGCAAUGCAGGUCUCAACACUACAAUUAGACUAAGAAGGCUGAUAACAGGAAUUGGAGUUGAAUCUCUCUUUCCAUUGUAUUCGCCUAAUAUAAAGGAGAUAAAGGUGCUGGACAAGAAGAAAGUGAGGAGGGCCAAACUCUACUAUCUUAGGGAUAGACUGAAUCCGCUUAAGAACAAGUAAGACGUGUGCCUCCAGGAGGUACAAAACUGGCUUCAGUCUUUCGGGUGGCAAGGCAGAUUGCUAUGAAAUGUUUCACCAGCUCACAAUAAUUUCAUUAUCUGCACCAUGAUCUUAUUUAAGUGAAUUGAUACGAGCUUUAUAGAGUUAUCUCAAGUUGUAUCCAAUAUUCUCUGUAGAAGUAUUGAUUACAAAAAUUUUAUUUUUGGGAUUUGAUGGCUUAUCAGAUAUAAUCUCACUUGUUGGAGUA